GUAAAAUAAUUACCCCAUUAACAAAUCCGUCAUUUUGGAAAAUCCCCGAGCCCAAACCCGUCAUUUUCUCUCAUACAAAAGUACCCUUCGCUUUCCAAAGCAACUAAUUGCAGAAAAAAGAACAUCCAUUUUUUUUUCUGCUCUCUUUAAAAAGCUCUCUUUUAUGUUUUUUUUUUUUCCAAUCAAGUCAUCUUCAAGAAAACAAGGGAAUUCUUUCCGUCUUCGUGUUUCUUAAAAAGACUUAACCGGCGAUUCUCGCCGGAAAAAAUCACCCGCAAAAAGACUGUAAAUUUAACCAUCAAAAGAACACCCCAAAAAGAGGGUUUUUUUGUGGUUCUGAUUUCUGGGUUUUUGGUGAAGAAAAUUUAAAAGCAAAGAGAGAGAAAAAAGACCCAGAUGUUAAAACGUUGGCGUUUCACCGUUAGAUUGAUCAAAGCUAAAAAAAAAAAUUUGUAUUUUGAUGGAGCAAGGGAUGCGAGGGUGGAUACUUUAAUAGAUAUAUAAAGGUGGGUAGUGAUAUUGUUAGCGUUGUUAAUUGAUGGGGAAGGUGGUUUUGGGCGUGGCAGUGGGGGUGGCGGUGGCGGCUUGUGCGGUGGCGGCGUUGGUAGUAGGAAAGAGAGUAAGGAGUAGGAGGAAGUGGAAGAGAGCAGUUGGAGUUUUGAAAGAGUUGGAAGAAAAUUGUGAAACCACAGUUGGGAGGUUAAGGCAAGUAGUGGAUGCUAUGGCUGUUGAGAUGCAUGCUGGUUUAGCUUCUGAAGGAGGAUCCAAGCUCAAAAUGUUGCUCACUUUUGUUGAUAAUCUCCCUUCUGGGAGUGAGAAAGGAACUUUUUAUGCUCUAGAUCUUGGAGAUACUAAUUUUAGGGUCUUACGGGUUGAACUAGGAGGUCAAAGAUCCUCUUUGCAUCCAGAUGUGGAGCGAUUUGUUAGUUAGGCUUGUGAAUGAUUUUAUUG